ACCUACACCAUACUACAAAAAAGAACAACAGCAACACAGAGUCAUUUCAUUCUUGUGUUUCUUGUUGGUUACCGGAUUUUGCAUACUUAUUCUACUCUUCAAUUUACAAACCAUGCCAUCACAAGCACAGAAGAGUAGCCCAUGGCUAGCAUUUGGUGAGGAUGAACAUGCUGAAGACAAGAUAGUAAAUACGCCAGACUUUGUGCCAGUUGCACCACCACCACCAGUUCAAAAUCAUAAGCAAGUUAUAUUACAAUCCAAGGAUCCUAGUAUUGAAUCAAAUUUAAAAGAAAUAUUCUCCAUAAAUCCAAUUAUUAUAUUAUCUACAAAUGAAGUCAUGGAUGAAUUUGAAUCAGUGCUUUUAAACUUAAACAUACAUCCCAAGCCAAAAGUCAUAAAUUUGUUAAAACAUCCAAACUUUGCCAAUAUAAUGGAAUAUUUGAAGAAUAUCAAUGGCAAUAAUAUUCCAAGGUUGUUUAUUGGUGGGUUUCCUAUAGGGACCGACACCGAGAUAUUAGAAAUGAAUAGGCAGAAUCGGUUGGUUUAUUACUUGAAAGAGAAAGGUCGGGGAUUGAUAUCCAUUGAAUAGUUUAUAGUUUAGUCUAGCAAUGAAAUGUAUAUG